AUGAGCCCCGUGCCCAUCUGGGCCACUGCGGACCUGAACUGGGGCCCAAGUGGCGAGGAGGCGGGGGCCAGUGGCAGCAUCAGCAGUGGUGGCUUCUACGGAGUGAGCAGCCAGUAUGAGAGCCUGGAACACAUGACCCUCACCUGUUCCUCCAAGGUCUGCUCCUUUGGCAAGCAGGUGGUGGAGAAGGUGGAGACGGAACGGGCCCAGCUGGAGGAUGGCAGAUUUGUGUACCGCCUGCUACGCUCGCCCAUGUGCGAGUACCUGGUGAAUUUCUUGCACAAGUUGCGGCAGCUGCCUGAGCGAUACAUGAUGAACAGCGUCCUGGAAAACUUCACCAUCCUCCAGGUGGUGACAAACAGAGACACCCAGGAACUGCUGCUCUGCACCGCCUAUGUCUUCGAGGUCUCCACCAGCGAGCGUGGGGCCCAGCAUCACAUUUACCGCCUGGUCAGGGACUGAAGGGGGACCCCAAAACUGGCUCACCCCCAGAACACCCUCCUCCCAAGGAGGGUCCUUCAGCUCACCUCAUGCUUCUUAUUUGGGGAGAGGGCUGUGAUGUAAAGGGGUUGACCUCAGAGGCCUAAGCAACUGGGGCCAUCCCCCCCAUUAGAGGGGCCCCCAAAACUUGGUUGGAGAGCUGAACAGGCUGGGACUGAGGAAAGGAUAAACCCCAAUAUUGGAACCUCACAGUGGGUGUCUGAAAGGACAGAUCACUCUGGAGUAUCAGGGAUUGUGGGGACAGGAGUGAGACAACCCCCAGGUACAGCACUGACUUCUCAGCCCCUGGCAGGGCCCCCCCACUCCUCUGCAUGUCUUGGAGGGCCCUAGUUACACAUUGGCUUGUCCCCUUUACUUUUUCCCAGCCACCCCUCCCCCUGAAAUUUCUCCCUCUCUCUACCACCCUCACUCCAUGACCUGUGAGAUCACAAAGUGAAGAUUAACCCUUUCUGUGCAGGAGCAGAGCCAGGUGGGCCCUGGAAAUUUUUUUUUUUUUUUUAAUAUAACAAGAUAUUUAUAAGUGGGUGCUAGGGUCUUGACUUUAUCUCAGCUGCACAAGUAGUGGGUUGAAGCUUUCUAAUCUCAUCCCCCCACCCAAGUGAGCUGUGAGCUAGACUGUUUCCUCCCUCCCCUCUCAAAGUUUGUUGGUUUGUGUUCUGACAGAGGAUAAAGCUAUUUUACCAAAAA